CAACAUGGCGAUGUCCAAGAGCUAUUCUGGUCUGGAUGGGAAUGGCAACACGUCUCUUUCCGAAUUAUAAAGAAAGCUGCUGUGCUUGGGUUGGUGUUUAAGGGCUAAUGACGAGGCGAUCCCAGAAAUCGCUACCCGACGUUCUCCACGAAACAUGUCCUAACCAAUUAAAUUCCUCUGCCUUGUGGUAGUUGACAACCUUAACUCUCUCAUCACUGAAUCACCCAGAACUAAAUUUCGUACGAAUCACGUGGUCCAUCGUGAACCCACGUCCCUCACCUAUUACUCCAAUGGCGCCUCCUAAUGAAGUGUCAAGCGACUGACGCUCGUUGCCCAGAGAGAGGGAGAGGGAGAGGGAGAUGGGCAAUCCCAAGAGCGUCAACGAGGUGGGCUUGGAUGACCUGGUGGAGGUGGGCCUGUCCAGGGAAGCCGCCGCUGAGCUCGAGCGGAAGCUCCGGGAGUCGGUGGCCCGAGCCCGGGGGUCCGGGACGCUGUCGCCGGGGCUUGAGCUUGACCCGAGGGAGGUGUGGAGAGAGCUGGCGAGCGCCGGGGCGUUGAAGCCGUCGCACCCGCACCGGGUGCAUCAGCUGGUGUACUACUCGGUGUACUCCGGUUGGGACGCCUCCGCUCGGGGCCCUCCUCUCUACUGGUUCCCUUCUCUGUCCCAAUCAAAAGAAACAAACUUGGGACGUCUCAUGGAAUCGCAUGGCAGAAAGCUUCUGGGGUCAUCAUACAAGGAUCCCAUAACGAGCUUUAGCCUUUUUCAGAAAUUCUCCGUGGAGCAUCCUGAUGUCUACUGGUCGAUAGCUCUUAAUGAACUCUCACUUUCAUUUUGUCGUCCCCCAAGCUGCAUUCUCGACACCAGUGACAAAUCAAAGCCCCGGGGUACAUGGCUUCCGGGGGCGGUAUUCAACAUAGCUGAAUGCUGUUUAUUGCCCUCACAGCAACAGAGGAGAGGGGAUGACAACAUAGCCUUAGUAUGGAGAGAUGAAGGCUAUGAUCACAUGAAUGUUAAUUGUAUGACACUAAAAGAGCUUCGAGAACAAGUAAUGUUGGUGGCAAAUGCUCUGGACGUGACAUUCUCAAAGGGAGAUGCGAUUGCAAUUGACAUGCCAAUGACGGUCCAUGCUGUUAUCAUAUAUUUGGCAAUAGUACUUGGAGGAUUUGUUGUUGUAUCAAUAGCUGACAGUUUCGCACCCAAGGAAAUUGUAAGCCGUCUGCACAUUUCCAAGGCAAAAGGAAUCUUUACUCAGGAUUUUAUACAAAGAGGAGGCCGGAAGUUUCCAUUGUAUAGUCGAGUUGUGGAAGCUAAUCCAGUGAAAGCGAUUGUGCUCCCUGUGGCUGGAGAUAGUGUGGGCGUGAAGUUGAGAGAGCAAGACAUAUCAUGGAAAGCUUUUCUUUCGCAAGUGGAUCAUGUUCCAAGGCAUUAUUACCCAGCCUUUUACCAAAGUACCGACUCUGUGACAAAUAUUCUCUUUUCUUCUGGAACUACGGGAGAACCAAAAGCGAUACCCUGGACUCAACUCUCGCCUAUCCGAUGCGGUGCUGAUUCGUGGGCUCAUAUGGAUGUUCAGGCUGGAGUCGUGCUCUUCUGGCCUACAAACUUAGGGUGGGUCAUGGGACCGAUUGCACUCUACUCUUGCUUUCUAGCUGGUGCAACUCUCGCUCUUUACCAUGGUUCUCCACUAGGACGUGAUUUUGGAAAAUUUGUUCAGGAUGCAGGAGUGACCAUUUUGGGCACAGUACCAAGUUUAGUAAAAACAUGGAAGAGCACGCAGUGUAUGGAAGGACUUGAUUGGACAAAGAUCAGGUCAUUUGGCUCCACAGGGGAAACAUCCAAUGUCGACGAUGACCUCUGGCUUUCUUCCAAGUCCUUCUAUAGCCCCAUUAUAGAGUGUUGUGGCGGCACGGAGCUCGCAUCGUCUUACAUUCAAGGAAAUCAUCUGCAGCCUCAAGCUUUUGGAGCAUUUAGCAAUGCUUCCAUGACGACCGGCUUUGUCAUCCUGGACGACCAUGGAGUCCCUCGACCAGAUGAUCAACCUUGUGUUGGCGAAGUGGGACUGUUCCCUAUUUACAUGGGUGCAACUGAUAGGCUGCUCAAUGCUGAUCAUGAGGAAGUUUACUUCAAGGGAAUGCCAACAUACAAGGGAGUGCAACUGAGGAGACAUGGAGACAUCAUUAAGAGAACUGUUGGAGGGUACUAUAUUGUACAAGGGAGGGCCGAUGACACAAUGAACCUUGGUGGCAUUAAGACUAGUUCCGUUGAGAUUGAGCGCGUCUGUGAUAGAGCAGAUGAAUCUAUACUAGAGAGUGCCGCAAUAAGUCUAGCACCACCCACUGGCGGUCCAGAACAGUUGGUUGUCCUCGUGGUGCUCAAGAAGGGGUGUAAGGCUGAACCGAAUGAUCUGAAGAUGAAAUUCUUGAAAGCCAUCCAGCGAAACCUCAACCCUUUGUUCAAGGUAAGCUCUGUCAAGAUUGUCGCCGAGUUCCCUCGAACGGCUUCUAACAAGCUACUGAGGAGAGUGUUGAGGGAUCAGAUGCGACAACAGCUCUUUGCGCAGAGUAAGCUGUAGAGGCAACUGGGAAGUAUCGUCCCAUAUUCUUGCUGCGACUGUCGAUGUGCAGGUUCCGAUUCUAGAUUCCAACUUCCUGCUUGUGAGAUAUAAAUUGGGUUGAAGGAAAUGUGUGAGAAUUAAUAGUUGGAAUAAGAAGCACCAUCCGGUUGAAAUUCAGAA